AACCGCGUGUUUCCCAGUUUGCGCACUGUGCGUACGGCACAAAUCCAAAGAGAAUAACCACUAACCACGAUGCCGAGCGGCUGCGGUUCCGUAACCGUGUAUCGAUUGUUGUAUCCGAAAACGAUUAAUCGGCGGGCCACGUACGAGAAAAAUUAAAAAUAAUUUCCCAGUAAAAUCCCGCCAUUUUUAUACCGUCGUACGUUUUGUUACUUUUGUAAUGAUAUCACGGUUGCACGUAUUUUCGAAUACAACAAUAUAAUACAAUGCAAUUUCAUCUGUCUGUGCGAGCAAUGGUGGUGGCGACAGUGUGUACACGGUAAUGUUGGUGGUGGUGUUUUUUCGUUACUCGGCGAUACGAUAAUUUUUCGUUUAAAACGCGUCUUUUAUUGAGAAACCGUGCCCCUCGCCACUAUCAACAGCCACACGACCAACCGCGUUUCCUCCGAGAGAUUAUUAUCGUAUCCAUGCGAGUGCGUGUGCCGCUGGAGGGAAAAAAAAGGGAAAGGACGCUGCCGCCACCACGGUGCGUUGUUUGCGUGAACACCGUCGUUGCUGCCCGCGCGCGCCUUACGUCGGCGGUGGUGAACUGCGGAAACCUUGAACGACCGGUGGCCUUGGCGCGAGCGAGCGCGGUUUUUAUUCCGUUUCUCUUGCCGCGUCCGUCCCUCUCACGUUCUGUCUCUCUCUCGCGCGCGCGCCCGUUCGUUUGCCUGCCAGCCCGGUCACCCGCCUGCCCGUCUUGCCAGUACGCGCGCAUAUAAAUGUUCUUUGUUCGGCCGCUCACAGUUUCUAGAGAUGAGGUUGGCAAUGCCGGUUACCGGUAGCUACACCAUGGUCGGAGGGGCCGGCCGCGCCAUUGGGUUUUUACGAAACGGGCGGUGGGGGUAACAUCCGCUGUCGCCGUCGUCGUCGUCGUUCGGCUAGUGGCGGGCAACACGCAGGUCUGCCUCGUUAUUUUUUUCUCCUUCUCUCCGCCUUUUCCACCGCAGUUUUAACCGUCGGCCGUGCGUUUACAGUGAGAUAUUAUAUACUACACACACGCGUCCGUCGUUCCCUUUGUUUUUUUUUCCGCACAUACUCGCGUGGUGCACACACAUAUAUACAUUCGAUUUCGCCCCGCUACGCACUCGGCGGCACACCACAUACGUACGUACGCGAGCCGACCGAAUAUAUACAUACAUAUACACGCACACGCCGACCACGUAACGUGUGCGCCGCGUUCGUACAAUAUAAUAUAUACACAUAAUUUGACUACCGACACCCGCCGCGUAUCAAACACACACCGCGACCACAGUGUCCAGUGUACGCGCGUUUGUGCGUCACGUCUGGUGUCCGAUCGUGUACCGUGUUCCGUGUGAAAAAACCCGCACCAUUCGCAGUCCGGCGGCAUGUCCGAGAACCGCGCGGGCAACAAUGUCGGCUGGGGCAACCGGGACGACCACGCGGCUGCCGCGGCCAACCUGUGGUGGGGCAACAGCCAGGAACAGCAGCAGCAACAACAGCACAUGCAGCAACAGCAACAGCAGCAACAACAACAGCAGCAGCAGCAGCAUUUGCUGAACCAACAUCACCAGCAGCAACUGGCCGCCGUGGCGGCAGCCGCGCAGCAGCAGCAGCAGCAAGCGGCUGCCGCGGUGUCCGCGGCCCAGCAAUUCUAUAAGAUGGCGUCAUCGUUCAGCCACCAGCAGCACCAGCAGCUGCAGCAGCAACAACAGCAACAGCAGCUGAACAACACCGGCGGCGUGUCGACCAGCAACAGCAACAGCAACGUGUCCACGACGGUCACGAGCAGCUCCAGGAACCCGAUGGCCAACUACGCGGACAGCUAUGGAAUCGCCGCUGCCGCCGCAGCCCAAUGGUGGUCGUACCCGGGGGCAAUGGACAACAACAUUCAAAACGUGCACAACGUACCGUCGCCAAACUCUAUCAUGAACCGAGGGAAAAUGCCUAGAGGCAAAGGGACAGAUGCGAAACCCAGAGGUCGUAUGACCGCGUACGCGUUUUUCGUUCAAACGUGCCGCGAAGAGCACAAAAAGAAACACCCCGAUGAGAAUGUCAUUUUCGCGGAGUUCUCGAAGAAAUGCGCCGAAAGGUGGAAGACAAUGAAUGAGAAGGAAAAGAAAAGAUUUCAUGAGAUGGCUGAUAAGGAUAAAUUAAGAUAUGAUACUGAAAUGCAAAGCUAUAUUCCACCCAAGGGUGAAAAAGUGCGUGGUAAGAAGAGGAAGCAAAUCAAAGAUCCUAAUGCACCAAAACGCUCCUUGUCUGCUUUCUUCUGGUUCUGUAAUGAUGAACGUGGAAAAGUUAAGGCUGUGAACCCAGAGUAUGGUGUUGGUGAUGUAGCCAAAGAAUUGGGCAAAAAAUGGUCUGAUGCUGAUAUUACAGUGAAACAGAAGUAUGAAGCUAUGGCAGAAAAAGAUAAAGCCAGAUAUGAAAGGGAAAUGACGGAGUACAAAAACAAGGGCAAGCCUACCUUGUUACAACAACAACAACAACAUCAAAUGUUGGUACAACAACAACAACAAAUACUUGCACAACAACAGCAACAGCAACAAAUGAUGGCAGUAAAAGAUGAAAGUGACGAAGAUGAUGAUGAUGAAGACGAUGACGAGUGAUCUCUUUCAGAUUCACAUCAGAAUCUUUUUUUUUCUUUUCGUACCUCGAAAAUAUUAAUUUUAAAAUUUGUAAAUACAAAUAAGUUAAUUUUUAAGUUAUAGAUUAAAAAGUAAUUUUGUACAGAAGAACUGUAGAAAAUUGGUUUUGUCUCAACAAAAAAAAAAUAAUAAUAAAUAUUGGAUUCAAAUUUUUAAUUUUUAUAUUAGAGAUUCCUAUAUUUUUACUAAAACUUUACAAAAUUUACCGUAAAAAUAUUUCUUUACAGACUGAUAUAUUAUGAUGAAUUUUAAAAUUACAUUUUAAUUUUCCAGGAGUAUAAUAUUAAAUUAUGCCAUUGGAUUUUUUAUUUAAUUAAGGUUUUAACUGAAAAUUACCUCCUGUAAAAUAUAAAUGUAAUUUUAUUUUUUGUACAUACAAUUUUUUUGUUUAUUUUUAUUUUUUUUUUUAAUUUGUAAUUUUAAUAUUAGAGAGAAAACCGCAUGCGGAAAUAAAUUGCGAGAUCUUUACCAUUUCAUUAUUUUCAUAUAGGAGAUUCAUAUGUUGUCUUAAUCGAUUUUUAUUUUACAGUUAAGUUUGAUUUUUUUGUUAUGACGAAAACCACUUUUUUGUAUUUGUAAUCAGAUAAAAAAAAUGGAUAUAGUCCAUAACAUACAAACUUGAUACUGUUAAUAAGGAUAUUUAUAUGUACGCUAUGAAAGAUGCACUUUCGUGCUGUGUGACAAAUAUUCUCGCAAAACAAAAAAAAAUAAAUAAUAAAAAAUUUAAACUAUA